AGUAUAUGAAAUAUUUUACGACCGGUCCCUCGAGGCUAAAGUACCGGGCUGUGUGCAUCGUGGCUUUUUGGCGGGCGUUAUUUCUUUGGCGGUUUCUUGAGUCUUACUUUCAAAGCUGAAGUAUAAAAAACGUAUAAAUGGGUGAUAAGGACGGUGAAACUUUCGAUGAUGCUGUCGAAGAACGUGUUAUUAAUGAAGAAUACAAAAUAUGGAAAAAGAAUACACCCUUUUUAUAUGAUCUUGUAAUGACACAUGCUUUGGAAUGGCCGUCUUUAACUGCACAGUGGUUACCGGAUGUAACUAGACCAGAAGGAAAAGAUUAUACCGUUCAUCGUUUGAUCCUUGGUACACAUACAUCGGAUGAACAAAAUCAUUUGUUAAUAGCGAGUGUUCAAUUACCUAAUGAAGAUGCUCAGUUUGAUGCUUCCCAUUAUGAUAACGAAAAGGGUGAAUUUGGUGGGUUUGGUUCUGUAAGUGGAAAAAUAGAAAUUGAAAUUAAAAUUAAUCAUGAGGGAGAAGUAAAUAGAGCAAGAUACAUGCCACAAAAUCCUUGCGUUAUUGCUACAAAAACUCCAUCAAGCGAUGUUUUAGUAUUCGAUUACACCAAACAUCCUAGCAAGCCAGAUCCAAAUGGUGAAUGUCAUCCAGAUUUAAGGUUACAAGGACAUCAAAAAGAAGGUUAUGGAUUAUCAUGGAAUCCAAAUCUUAAUGGCUAUUUGUUGAGCGCAUCAGAUGAUCAUACAAUCUGUUUAUGGGAUAUCAAUGCUACUCCCAAAGAAAAUCGAGUGAUUGAUGCAAAGACUAUUUUUACAGGACAUACUGCUGUUGUAGAGGAUGUUGCAUGGCAUUUGUUGCAUGAAUCUCUUUUUGGUUCAGUUGCGGAUGAUCAAAAAUUGAUGAUUUGGGAUACGAGAUGUAAUAAUACUAGUAAACCGAGUCAUACAGUGAACGCUCAUACCGCAGAAGUUAAUUGUUUAAGUUUCAAUCCAUAUUCAGAAUUUAUCCUUGCUACUGGUAGUGCGGAUAAAACAGUAGCUUUAUGGGAUUUAAGGAAUUUAAAAUUAAAAUUACAUUCUUUUGAAUCUCAUAAAGAUGAAAUUUUCCAAGUUCAAUGGUCACCACACAAUGAAACCAUAUUAGCAAGUAGCGGUACGGAUAGACGUUUACAUGUUUGGGAUCUUAGCAAAAUUGGAGAAGAACAAUCUACUGAAGAUGCUGAAGAUGGACCACCAGAGUUAUUGUUCAUACAUGGUGGACAUACCGCAAAGAUAAGUGAUUUUUCAUGGAAUCCUAAUGAACCUUGGGUAAUAUGUUCAGUGUCGGAAGAUAACAUAAUGCAAGUUUGGCAAAUGGCAGAAAAUAUAUAUAAUGAUGAAGAACCGGAUACACCAGCUAGUGAACUUGAAGCUGGGGCUUCAUAAAUUGAAAGAAUAAUUUAUAAAAUCAUCUAACAUGGUUUAACAAGGUUAAGAAGUACUUCUGGCUAGUACUAUUGACUACUGAAAAGAACAUUAUUGAAUUAUAAACAUUAGAAUUGGUGAUUUAUAUAUUUGUAAAACUUAAGAAAAAAGAAACAAAAAAAAACUGUGUGGUUUAAGUUAUAACAUUAUGGAAGAGCAAUAAUAUUUUAGUUCUCCAUUAAUUUUUAUUACUUUUGUUUGGUUUUUUUUUCUUUUUUAUUACGAUUACAUUAAUCUUAAUCUUUCACAUCAAAACGCAUAUCUAUUAAAAUUUUUUUAAAUGCAUGUAAUUGCGAGAAAUGCAAAGUACUGGUUCAUUGAUUAAGUAUCAGUACUGUAUAUUUGUAAAAACGUUCUAUCAUAGGCUUACUGCGUACAUUAACGAAAGAAUUUAUUUUUUAAUUAACUUGUAUCAAUCAAUCAAUAUAGUAUAAUAUUGUUUCUGCUCGUAUAAUGUAUAAAUUUUUUGUUUUGUUUUUUAUCACUUAUUUGUUGAACAAAUAUUUUGAUAAUUUCACACCUGUUUAACAAUUGAAAGAAUUUACAAAACAAGCGUUAUAUAAGUGUAUUGUGCAAGUUAAUUAAUAUUACGUUCUCGUAUUAUUUUUUUUGUAACUAUAUACAAUAAUAAACAGAUUUAAUAAUAAACGAAUUUAUAUUUAUCAGCAGUGAGCCUAUCGGUGGUAAUAGCGCGUUCUUACAAUCAGCAAGUUGGGUUUUAGGGUAGCUCUUAAGUACAUAGAAAAUAAAUGCUAAACAUUCAGGCACUAUGUCGUGUCGUGUCGUUCGAUACAAGACCAAAUUGGAACAUAGGUUUGUAUGAGAAAUUACAUUAGUGUGAUAAAGAAAUCUCUAUUGACAAUUU